CGUUCGGUGAUCGCGGUGACAAAGUCGCCUCCCCCACCCCGCCCGCCAUCCUUCCCUCCCUCUUACGCGCCGAGGACGCGGGAGGACUUUCACAUCCACAGCUUCUCUCUGCCUCCAAGAUGGGCCUCUCGCUCUCGCCUGCGUGGACACGUUAACGCGGAGAUUUUUCUAGCCGUCAAAUAUGAAUCAUGCUUCUGACCCUGCUUGCAAAUCUGCUCGCGAGCUUCGUCGCGUGCCGGCUGCCUUCGUUCGCCUCCGCUUCCGCCGAUCACGAGGUGCUGAGCGAUGCUGUGCUGAGGGGCCCGGGUCGGAGUGCUGCGAGGGGCAGCGACGACAGCACGCGGCCCGAGGUCGCCUACCCCUCCCGGCUCAUCUACUACCUGAACGAGGACACGGAGAGCACCUACCGCGACCUGGACACCAGGACGAGGCACCGCCCCGACGGGGGCAAGGUGGUCCACCUCGCCCAGGCCAGCUUCCAGCUAGAGGCCUUUGGAUCCAGAUUCAUUCUGGAUCUGACGCUGAACAAUGACUUGCUGUCUUCUAAUUAUGUGGAGAUCCACUAUGAGGAUGGCAAACCUGUUCAAUCAAAGGGUGGGGAGCACUGCUACUACCAUGGCCAGGUGAGAGGCAACAAACACUCCUAUGUGGCCCUGUCUACCUGCAACGGUCUGCACGGAUUCUUUGACGAUGGACUCUACGUGUACCUGAUUGAGCCUCUGCAACAGACUCAAUUUAUAGCCACAGCAGCACGGCCCCACACGCUGCGCAGGGCGCACAGUCUGCAGUGGAAAAAUGGCCUGAACACUCCAAUCGAAGAGGAGAAGAUGCUCUCUGAGCUAGGAGACCUGCCUUGGUUCUGGCGUAGGAAAAAGCGUGCUGUGCAGCGUAAUGUAUUUGAAGAGAUGAAGUACCUGGAAAUUAUGAUUGUCAGUGACCACAACAUGUUUAAGAGACUGAAGACCAAGCAGCACACCAAGAACUUUGCCAAGUCGGUGGUCAACUUGGUGGAUGCGGUUUUUAAAGAGCAGCUGAACACACGAGUGGUUCUGGUUGCAGUGGAGAUCUGGACAGACGAAGACCAGAUUCCCAUCAGCGUGAACCCCCUUGAAAUGCUCCGUGACUUCUCCAAGUACCGGCAGCACAACAUCAAGCAACACGCGGAUGCGGUGCACCUGUUCUCAAAUGUGACCUUUCACUAUCGCUGGAGCAGUGCUUCGUACUUUGGGGGUGUGUGCUCUCUAAGUCGUGGAGUCGGGGUCAACGAGUUUGGAAGCACGUGGACGAUGGCUGCAGCGCUUUCUCAGAGCCUGGCACAAAACCUUGGAAUCCAGUGGGACCCAGCGACCAAGAGAAAAGAGUGUGGCUGUAUGGAGUCGUGGUUUGGAUGCAUCAUGGAGGAUACUGGAGUACAGCACCCCCGCAAAUUCUCCAAGUGCAGCAUCUCUGACUACAAGGAAUUCCUGCUGAAGGGUGGGGGAUCCUGCCUCUUCAACAGACCGACAAAGCUUUUCGAGGCCACCGAGUGUGGGAAUGGGUAUGUGGAGGUAGGGGAAGAGUGCGACUGUGGUCCUAGAGCGGAGUGCUAUAAGGAGUGCUGUAAGAAGUGCUCUUUGUCUAAUGGAGCUCACUGCAGUGAUGGUCCUUGUUGUAAUAACACCUGUCUGUUCUACCCUCGCGGCUAUAGCUGUCGCUACGCAGUGAACGACUGUGAUAUUUCUGAGACUUGCUCUGGUGACUCUGGGCAGUGUCCCCCAAAUCUGCACAAGCAAGAUGGAUACCAGUGUCAACUCAACCAGGGUCGCUGCUAUGGUGGAGAGUGCAAGACCAGGGAGAGCCAAUGCAAGUACAUCUGGGGCCCAAAGGCUGGAGCAUCUGAAAAGUUCUGCUACGAGAAGCUCAACACUGAGGGGUCAGAGAAGGGCAACUGUGGGAAAGAUGGAGAAACCUGGCUCCAAUGUGGCAAGCAUGACAUAUUUUGUGGGUAUCUACUUUGUGCCAAUAUUGGCCACACUCCUCGCAUUGGCUUCUUGAAAGGUGACAUCACGUCCACUUCUUUCAACCACCAGGGCAGGCUUGUGGAUUGCAGUGGGGGCCACGUGCUCCUGGAUGACGAGACUGACUUGGGUUAUGUGGAGGACGGGACACCGUGUGGGCCUUCCAUGAUGUGCCUUGACCGCAAGUGUCUGCCCAUCCAGUCUUUCAACAUGAGUGCCUGUCCCACUGGUUCCAAUGGCCAAGUUUGCUCCAACCAUGGGGUUUGCAAUAAUGAGGCUACCUGCACCUGUGAUGCCACCUGGGCAGGAACAGACUGCAGCAUGCCUGACCCCCCAAAAGAGCCCCCACCCACAGAGGAUGAGGGACCCAAGGGUCCUAGUGCCACCAACCUUAUAAUAGGCUCCAUUGCGGGGGCCAUCCUGGUGGCAGCCAUUGUGCUAGGGGGGACAGGAUGGGGCUUUAAAAAUGUGAAGAAACGGCGGUUCGACCCCAAUGCCAGCGCCAUUUAAAGAAGGCAGUGAGGCCACAAGUGCAAGGUGGAUUCUCCUGGGUUUCACUGGCAGUCUUACAGCUGGACUGGGUUAACUGCUGCUGAUUUUGGUAUUUGUUUUACUUGAAAAACAAAAGAAACAGGUGACACAUUUAAACUCCAUUUUAAGUCAUUGAAAUCAAGAAUUACAGCCCCUUUAAUCCUUCUCUCAAGUUACAACUCUGCUGUUCCCUCUAAACAUCACCUCACUCUCUCAGACACCAGAAUUAUCCCAUGAGGCCUACCAUACAGAGAUGCCAAGUAGGGAGUUCUCUAUGUGUCCCACACAGGCAUGACUUGUGGUUACAUGGCAAUGUGGCAUAAAGAGCUCAUGCUGAAGGAUCCUGCAUGGCUAAGAAAGCAACCAUUACACAUAAAAUAAAACAAAAAGACAAGAAAGCCUUUUAA